AUCGUGGGUUGGUGUGAGGUUUAUGAAAGUCCCAAAUAAAUUCAUCAUCCUUGUUUGACAAUAUUAGAGAACGUGAUACUUAAUUUCUAGACAUUUCAACAAAUGGUUAAAAUAAUUUACCCACAAUUAAAGACCAAUCUAGCUGAUGAGAUCUAGUUCCCUGAUCAGCUAAAGGAAACGGGUGAACCUAAAUAUUUUGGAUAAAUGGUUUUAGUCGAGCGAACUUAAAAGUGAGGGGCAAAAUGUAAAGUUAAAUGAUAAAUGUAAAGUUUAACAAAAACCAAAAUGUGGGGAACUUAAAAGUGAGGGGCAAAAAGUAAAGUUAAAUGAUAAAUGCAUUUAAGGGUAAAUGUAAAAGAUUAACUAAAAUGUGGGUGUAAAUAAAUAUUCCCUUAAAUUAAAAGAAAAUCGGAGGCAAGGCCCAGGGAUUGAAAAGUAUGCAAAGGGCAAGGCCCAAAGGGUGGGCGGCGGUGGCAAUAGGCAAUAGGGGUUUUGGAAACGAGGGGAGAAGAGAGAAUUCAGGGACAGAUGAUAAUGGCAGUGGCACUGUCAGGGUGGAAAUUGUGGUAUUCAUAUUCAUGGGGUUUAAGAGUAGUAGGGGGAGUAGGUGGUGUUUCAAGAAGCAGUGGCAGAGCAGCUGCUGCUGCUGUAACACUAAGAAGAAAGGAAAGCUUCAGCAACUGGGCGUGGUCCCAAAAACAUCCACCACCGCCACAAUCCUUCUUCUUCGUACGGUGCUCUAAGUAUGGAAGCAGCAGCAGCAGUAGCAGCGUCAGUGCUAGUAAUAGUAAUGGGCCUAAUGGCUCCAAUGUCGGAAAAAGAUAUCUGGAAUCUACGGACCAAGAGCUGAUGAGCCAGUGCCAAAUGGACACUUUCAAGACGUCUGGUCCGGGGGGUCAGCACCGUAACAAGCGAGAGUCUGCCGUACGCCUCAAGCACCUCCCCACCGGUAUUACUGCGCAGGCUGCGGAGGACCGAUCCCAGCAUAUGAAUCGUGCCUCAGCCUUGGCUCGCCUUCGCACUCUUAUAGCUCUCAAAGUCAGGAACACCGUCGAUCUCGAUGCUUACCCUCCUCGAGAGCUUCUUCAAAUUCUUCCCCCAAAGUCUACCAUCAGAGGCUCAGAUUGUGGUCCCCAAAUUGGUCCCAACAAUCCUAAGUUCAUUUUGGGAAUGCAAGCUCUGCUGGAUCUCAUUUUCACAGUUGACGGUUCUGUCUCAGAGACAGCAAAGUUCCUGGGGUUGAGCACAGGUGCUCUGUCGCGGUUAAUACUCUCGAAUGAUUCUCUCCGACUAGCAGUCAAUGAACUAAGGUUUUCCAAGGGUAUGAAGCCUCUCAAGUAGAAUUUGUCUGCUGGGAAAUACUUGUUUCAACUUUCAAGUACUAAUGUUUGCUUUCUCUUUUCCUUUUUUGAGAUACUGGUAUAUGCAGUUUAUGCACAGACAUUGUUUCGAGGCUAAAAGGAUGAAUGCGCUCUCAGCUUGUAUUCUUCGAGACAGCAAAGCUAGAAGAAAAGGCUUAGAUUCUUCGACACAGCAAAACUAGAAGAAAAGGCUUGUUGGUUCAUUUGGUUGGACGGUUGGACGGUUGGACCAUUGCUUCUAAUUGCCAUCGUUCAAUGUGUCUUUCAAAAGAAUAAACUAAUCAUAGGGUUGGGCUUACUGUUGCUCUUCAAAUUAAGUUUUGGAGUUCUUGAUAUUUUCGAUAAUUAAAUUUACAGAAGGAAUGCCUUUAGGAUGAACUGUGUGUGUUUGAGAUUGUACACUCACUUUAGGCUAUGUUUGGACGGGAGAUUUUUUAUCAAAUCUUAAGGGAUUGAGGCCAA